UAGAGAAUAUCGAGUUAAUGGUACUGACACGAAAGCAGGGCAAGACUGUUCUUGGAUUAGCGCCGUAAACAUAUACAAGCAUUAUUCAUAUUUUACACUGAACGUAACCUCCAUAAUUAAAGCAGAAGAUCUUGUUAAUUUAACAGACAGGAGAUGAACCACCUAAACAGAACAUGGUUAGACUAGAAGACCAGAUGAAUAACGAAAAUUUGGAAAUGCUGCAGCACAUAUUCGAGGAAGCAGAUGAAGAUGGCGGAGGAGGACUGGAUAUGGACGAGUUCCGUCAGGCAAUGAUCAAAACCAUGGCUGGUAAAGGUGAACCUGAUAAUAAUCAACUUGCCAUCAUAUUUAUGAAAGUUGACGCGAAUUGCGAUGGAACGGUAGACUGGGAGGAGUUCUGUUCCUACAUGUUGCUGGAGACUCAACUAAAGGAUGUUAUGACAAGUGAAGACAGGGAGAUUGUGUUUGGUUUGGAUUUUAGUUGCCAUCGCGACAACAUCACUCGGAUAACUUAUCUUCCUAAACUGUCGCAUGGCACUGAUGAUCCGACUGACAGCAAUGGAGGAAGAUAUGUGUCUGUCAGCAAGGAAGGAACUGUGCACUUCUGGAGCAUGGACCUGAUGCACCCUCAAAGAACUCUGUCAGUAAGUGAGCAGUUUCAGUUAGGGCAUGAGGGUAAAGCCAGUAAGAAUGUGUGGAUUACAGACUGUGUGGUGUUACCAAACGCCAAGAAGCUUGCCCUGUCAACGGCUGACCGAGAGAUAGGUCUAUUUAAACGCUAUAUAUAUUUUUUACAAGUUGUGUACUUUUACAGUGCAAUACACCGUAUUAUAGCAACGGCAUUUGUACUUUUGUUUUCCUCUUUAGCAUUCUAUGACUGCUCUGCCAACAGUUUUGAUAAACAGUUUGUGAUCUGUAGUUUGGAUUACUGUGUACUCACCAUGGAUUACUGGUACAGCACAGCCAAAUUAAAUGAGGGUAUUUUGGUGUGUGGUGACGCUGGAGGCUCUGUGUUUUGUUUAAAGUUCUCUGCAGUCACAGGAUGCCUGUUUGACUUAAACCUUGGACAACAGAUUCCAUCUGUAUCCUUUAGACGAUUUUCCCUGUCGGAACUUCAGCAAGGAAAACAUUCUAAUAUAAAACUUUUCCAAUUUAACAAUCUCCACGAGGACUGGAUUCGUAAAGUGAAAUAUUACCCUUCCUUACAAUGCUUUAUCUCUUGCGCUACUGCAAGCAACACUUCCAUGUAUCUCGGAGACAUAGACAGGAAAAAGACGAGCUCCGUGUUCCGCAUCCGUAAGGGUAUCACAUCAUUUGACUACUGUAAGGAAUGGAACGUCAUAGUAACUGGUGGUCUUGAUCAUUAUGUACGUCUGUGGAAUCCUUAUGUUACAGCUAAAGCCACAUCGGUGAUGAAGGGUCAUAGUUCAGCAGUUACUCACAUUAUAGUGAACAGUGACAAGGGAGAAAUAAUAAGCGCUGCUCAAGAUAAGGUGAUCAAGAUUUGGGAUAUGCGCGACCUGUGUUGUGUUCAAACCAUUCCUGCUCGCUCGUUGUUACCAGGCCCCCACCUGAUCUCAAGCCUCUACUUCAACUCCAAAUCUCACUGCAUUUUUGUGGGAACAAACCAGUUGUCAGUGAUCGAGGGUAAAAGAGAAGAGCCCUCAGAGGAACAUGACAUUACAAGUCAUUUUAAACCAAUAUGUGCGGCUAUUUACAACGAUCUCUUUGAUCAGGUUGUGAGUGCGUGUCACGAUUCUGUGGUUUGUGUUUGGAGUCUGCAGACAGGCGAGAAAAUCAUUCAGUUUUCAAAUGCUCACGAUAACUCUGAAAUCACAGCUAUGAGGUUUGACCCUUCCAAGAGGAGACUCAUCACAGGGGCUCGAGAUGGAACAGUCAAGAUUUGGAAUUUUAAUAACGGCUGCUGUUUGAGCGAAUUACAAGCUGUAGAUAAUCAAGAGAUUACAGGUAUACUGUGUUUUAAACAGAAGAUUAUUACAGUUGGAUGGAACAGAAAGGUUACCAUCUACAGAGUGCAGUCGACGCAGAGCACAACACGUUACUUCCCAGGCUUCUACGUCAUCCUUUUUAAUGUUACCUUGCCGUGCUACUUCUUUGAAUCUGCUCGAACAGAGGGGCAACAGUCAGCAGCCAUUUACCUGUUGCCGUUCACUUCAUUUAUCUUGCUCAGAGAUUGCAGAGAAGAGGAGGAAGCUGAGCCUCGAGUGUGGUCCAAUUUUCACGAGGACGACAUUUUAUCGGCUGCAAUGUACCCUACUGGCUUAGUGGCAACCUCUGCCUAUGAUGGUGUGGUCAAAGUGUGGAACAUUGAGAGUGGACACGUUAACUGCAAACUGAAUGCUAAUGACUAUGGUUUAGAGACCACUCAAUCUGUUAUUCCAACAGAUAUUAAGAGACAAGUGUCAACUAGUAAUGCAGGUCACGAGGGAGGCUUGUUCAAAGCGCACUUGUAUUUUCCUAAAGAAUACCCACAAAGACCACCGAAAAUGAGAUUUAUAUCGGAUUUCUGGCAUCCAAAUGUGAUCGACGCAGAGAAUAAAUUUCGAGAAGGCAACCGAAGGAGCUCUGAGGUUGGAUCAAGUAAGAAACAUCGCCGCUCACCAUUUCUACCUUCAAUAUGGCGGCCAAAGCGCGACUCAAUGAUGCAGAAAGAAGUUUUUGUCCCGGAAGGAUCUCAAAAGAAGAAAUUUUUCUAUCAAGAUUUUUUGCCACUGGAGUUUCAAGAAAGUUAUCACGAUUCCUCCGUGGACAAGAUGUUUUUCUCCGUGCAGGUUCUUUUCCUAGAGAGGCGUGAAAACAGCUUAUCCACAGCUACGUUGAUGACAACAGGUUCAGACGGCUCGGUCAGGGCAUGGAGCGUGUACGGCGGCGGACUGCUGGGUUAUUUUCCCGCUGCUCAGGGUGUCCAUGAAUCUGUGAUCUCCAUGACAACUGACUACGCUAAUACCAUUCUUGUUACUGGCGACACCGCAGGAUUUGUCAAGGUUUGGGAUAUCUCUUGUUACUGUAUAAACGCAAGCGAUCAGAAGGUAGCGACAGCGUUGCCAAGGAAACUAUUAUCAGUGAACAGGAGAAAUAGCCACAGAAAAGGAUCAAUCGAUAGCAGGCCUCCUCCACUGGUUCUGACAUUUCGAGCUCAUCUCAAGCCAAUUGUCAGUCUGGACUUUGUUGAUAGUCGCCAGUUCAUCAUCACGGCUUCCACAGACGCGUCAGUGCGACUUUGGACGCAGACAGGGAGAUAUAUAGGUAACAAAACAUACGCCGCGCGCCCAACCAACAGAACGUCAGCACUCUGUUUUUUUUUUUCAAAUACUUACGACAAGGCUUUCCACCUUAACGCUAUAAAAGAAGAGGGUUCCAUGUUGCCUGAAGGAAGAAAUUUAUUUAGACGCAUUAUUCGUACAGGUACGUUUGGCCAGCGAACAUUAUGGGAUUUAGAAAAAAUUGUCAAAGGACAGCGAAAACUUCCGCCUGAUAUCCAACGCAUCGCUUCAGCUGAAACUUUGAGAAGUUUGCAAAGUUCUCCUGGACCAAAGUGGAGAACCCGCGUUUUAUACAAUGCCAGGUUAUUAAUGCUUCUAUUUCCUUGUUACGCUAGAUUAGCAAAGCAUAUAAUGCGUAUUACGACCCUGACUCGGCGAGGAACUCAACAGCUCUCACAAGACUCCGACGCCGCAGAUUUGGAAAAAGAAUGGGGAACUUCCAUAAACCGAUCUCUCGACAAAGUCCUAGGAAAGUUUUAUAAGCCAAAGACCAGGCAUAGAAUCUUUCCACCACUACCAAAACUGAAAUUUAAUCAAGACCAAAUGAUUGUUUAUUCGUCUCUGAAUUUCCAAGAACUUCAACCAAUUGAGGAGCCGAAGACACCAGCAGUGUUGUGGAAUCACACUACACGGUACAAAUCCUCUUCAGCCCUUCUUCCGCGAACUGCUAAGGUCGGCGGUCAUAAGGCAAACUCGGAAUCUAAACACGCUACUUUCUACAAUACAUCGGUUAAACAACUUCGAGCCAACGUCAUAGGGGGAACCAAAAGCCCAUCUCGAAAAACUCACGAUAUUUUAUUGCGAUCAACGCAUAAAAAAUAGCAUGAAAUGUUACGUAUUUGAGACUGUUAUUAAAUGAAACUUGAAGCACAGAAUGUCAAUUUUUUG